GCAACAACCCUCGGCCCCGACCACUGCCGGUCGGAUUCGCGCGUCGCGUAGCUUUCGUCGCCCGCAGCCGCCGUCUUCAAACACCUGCUCGUCAUGAACACCCCAUCGCCUGCUGGGGCCAACGGCCCUCCUCGCCCUCCUGCCGGCGCGCAGGUCAUUCAGCGCAGGCUGACCAGCGCCAAUCCGCUUGUCGCGAGGAAAAAACCGAGACCGAAGCCGGCUUUGUCGCGGCCGCCGCGAGAUGGCGAGUCAGGCGCGGGGGGCAAGGGCGCCAAAGACCCCGACGGAGAGCCUCUGCUCGAUGACCCAUCCGAUCCUGCCAUGAGAGAGUUGGCACAACAGCGGCAAAGGAAUGGAGGCUGGACCGAAGCGCCCCCGGACAAGUACCAAGACUUCCCGCUGGUUAUGACGAAGCGGUCUAUGCUGGAGGGGCUGCGCUAUCACAUCAUGCGCUUAAAUAAGGGGAAAGGAGACCCGGGCAAGGCGAAGGGAGAUGCCGUGGUGGAUAUCACCAACCAGGACCAGUUCCCGCGCCCCGUCACCUUGCUGCGCCGCGACCCUCGGCUUGCACCGGCGCACCGCAUGCCUGUCAAGGAAGAGUCGGCUCCGCUAGAUCCCGCCGAGGAGGCCGAACUGGAGCGUGCGCGUCAGCUCAAGGCCGAGAGGGAGGCCCAGCGCGCCCUCGAUCAAGCCCAAAUUGCUCCGGUUCUGAAGGGCAACGAGCCGAAGGCGAAGCAGAGCAACAAGAAGGAGAAGCCGACAGCCUUCUACGGGAGAAACUCGGACGCCCAUAAAAAGGAAUCCAAGAUCCACUACGAGGAGACGUGGCCGUGGCACCUCGAGGACGCCGAGGGCAAGUCCGGCGUGUGGGUUGGGUCCUACAUCGCCAGCCUGUCGGACGUGAACGUCGCGUUCGUCAUAGAUGGCGCGCGCUUCCGGAUGAUCCCGCUGGAGCGGUUCUACAGGUUCGACGAGAAGCCCAAGUUCGACACGCUCAGCCUGGACGCUGCCGAAAAGAUGAUGUAUGAGGUCAAGGAGAUUAAACGCUGGGUCAUGAAGCAGAGGGACCAGGAGCAGCUGGAGCGAGAGAAGAACGAGACGCGCCAGUUCCUGCGUGGGCCCACCCGCGUCAAGACCGAGAGCGCUACUUCCCGCCUGGCCCGCAGGACCGAGAGGCAGGACGAUUUCGAGGUCGACAUGUCGGGCGACGAGUUCCAGGACGACGACGAGGCGCCUGGGUUCGAAGCCGACGACGAGGAUGCGAAGGAGUCCAAGAACCGCAUCCGCCGCGAGCAGGUGUCGGCCAACACGUUUGGCGAGGGUGAGGAGGACAAGGUGGAGCAGCAGGAGCGGGAGGAACAGCUGGAGAAGCUGAGGCACAAAAUGAUGGGCAGGCAGACAGUCAAGACGCUGAAGAAGCUUGAGCACGGGGUGGACUACGACGACCUGGAAUCCGGGGACGAGAACAACCCGUUCACGGACGAAUCGGACUCGGACGACGAGUCGGAGGACCGAUAUAAUCAGGAAGACAACGAGGAUGAAGAGGGCAAGAAGGCCGACCAAAGGGACCAGGGCGCCGCUGGGCCCAACAACAAGGGCAGCACGACGCCGUCCGGGAAGCACAAGGCGGUCGAGGCGGCCAAGAAGGGCAAGCUGAAGCGAGCCGGCUCGCCCAACAUGUCCGAAUCGAGCGACAACGAAGCGGCGCGCAAGAAGCUCAAGACCGGAAAAGCGUCUGUUGUCCCCAGCCGAGGAGGUACCCCGAUUCCGGGGCGACCAAAACCGCCGGUCGCUGCUAUGAGCGACGGCGAAGCCACCGCGGGCGAGGCCUCCGACGGGGGCGCGAAGCUGAAGAAGACGCUCAAGGUGAAGCCGGCCAUGCGAACAGGCGGCACACCCUCGGGCUCGAGGGCCGGCAGCCCCGCUCCGGCUGGAGCCCAAGCUCCCAAGGCCGGCACCGGCACCGCAACGCCCAGCGGCUCGCAGCCGCCGCCGCCCGCGGGCCAGGCGCCCGACCGGAUCCAGCCGUGGGAGAUCGCCGAGGCCCUCGCGCCGUACGCCAAGGAGGGCAUCACGAUUGGCGCCUUUAUGCGCAUGUUCCAGAAGCGGAUGACCCAGCCCGGGGGCACGACCAAGACCGAGUGGCUCCAGAUGGUCAAGGCCAACGCCGUUUACGGCCCCGACAAGAUGCUGCGGCCCAAGCCGGGCCGAGAAGCGCCGCAGUCUUGAGCGAGAGUGCGCGACGCAGGGGAAGGGACUUGGAGGGCAGACUGUGUCCAGGGGCAGUGUGUAUUCUAGCUAGGCUGCUUAGGGCUCGCAUGGCCGCUUUCGUUCGGCAUGCAGUCAAGCUGGGCUCCUUGGUCAAGCCCAGGCAAGUAUAGAAGACUCUGGAGGGAAGAGUGGUUUCCGGCUCCGGCAUUGUUCACCCCGGCGGGGUUUUUGAGGUUGCGCACCGGCGUUGAGUUAUGUACUGGGCAG